UUAAAAAGGAGAAGCAUCAAGAGAAUCAAAAACCCACUUUGAAAAUGACCUUCCCUUUUCUUUAAACACUGCUGCUGCUGUUGUUCGUGUUGUCUUUCUCUUUUCUUUUCUGAUCAUCAACUUCUUUUCAGAUUCCAAUUGCUCUCCUAGAUUGCAAGAAAAUUAGUAUAUAAAAUUUUAAUUAUAUUUAUAAACUUAGUAGUAAAAUUAACCUUCUUUUUUUGUUUUUGAUUAUAAGAUUUUUAUUUUAAUUUCUUUAUCAUCAUGGACCUUUCCACCACCAAGAGAAGAGCUUUGCUUAAGGUCAUCGUUCUCGGCGAUAGUGGAGUAGGAAAGACUUCCUUGAUGAAUCAAUAUGUAUAUAAGAAAUUUAGCCAACAGUACAAAGCUACAAUUGGUGCUGAUUUUGUCACCAAAGAACUGCAAGUUGAUGAUAAGCUGGUGACUCUGCAAAUAUGGGAUACAGCAGGUCAAGAGAGAUUUCAGAGCUUAGGAGCAGCAUUUUAUAGAGGAGCAGAUUGCUGUGUUCUUGUAUAUGAUGUGAAUGUUCUUAAAUCAUUUGAAACACUGAGCAAUUGGCACGAAGAGUUCCUCAAACAGGUAUGUCCGAUCCAUCUCUCUCUAUGGCAGGCAAAUCCAGUUCUUCCUGAUGAGUUCCCUUUCGUAUUGCUCGGAAACAAGAUCGACAUAGAUGGAGGAAACAGCCGAGUGGUUUCAGAGAAAAAAGCUGUAGACUGGUGUGCUUCUAAAGGAAACAUACCUUACUUUGAGACCUCAGCAAAAGAGGAUUAUAAUGUGGAUGAAGCAUUUCUAUGCAUUGCGAAUGCUGCACUAGCUGCUGAACAUGAACAUGACAUAUACUUUCAAGGUAUAUCAGAAACUGUAUCAGAAGUUGAACAAAGAGGAGGAUGUGCAUGCUGAAUCAAAUUUGAAUUCCAAUCUUAUCAUUGAUUUGAUUCUUUAUUGUUUUUGGUUUAAGAUUUCUAAUUGGAAAUUGGGAGUUAGAUUUAAAAACUUCAAUUAUUCUACUUUUUUAGUGUUUAAUUUGUAACUCUUUGAAACUAUAUAUGAACUUUUGAUAACCAUUUAACUAUUAUACGUACC